GGGUUUGCCUGCUCCCUGCAUAGUGUCGGUCUACAUUAUUCCUAGGAUGUUCUUCUCCUGAAUCUCUGGGAUUGUAUCCUACAACAAGGAUUAUUUACAGGAUUUAUUUUGUUCCAAGGACACCUUGGUCCAGUGCACCACUGUCUGCACUGACAAAACAAAGGCAUUAUGGAUAAAAAAGUUCCUGGAGCAAUAGGUAAUGGAGAAGCAUUACCAGCCCAGCCUCUCAUAAAAAAGGAAGUAAAGGAUGAUGGAAGCACAGACAUGAUAGAAAGGGGGCAGUGGACGAACAAGAUGGAGUUUGUGCUGUCAGUGGCUGGAGAAAUAAUUGGUCUGGGGAACGUGUGGAGGUUCCCAUAUCUUUGCUACAAAAAUGGAGGAGGAGCCUUCUUUAUUCCGUAUCUUAUUUUCCUCUUCACCUGUGGGAUCCCAGUUUUUUUCUUGGAGACAGCACUUGGCCAGUACACCACUCAGGGUGGUGUCACAGCCUGGAGGAAAAUAUGCCCCCUAUUUGAAGGUAUUGGAUACUCCUCCCAAGUUAUUGUGAUCCUGCUUAAUUUUUAUUACAUUGUAGUGUUGGCUUGGGCCUUCUUCUAUCUCUUCAACUCUUUCACAUCAGAUCUACCCUGGGCUUCCUGCAACCACACCUGGAACACAGAGAACUGCCUGGAUUUUCACAAGGAUAAUGCUACCCUGAAUAUGACAGUAAAUGGCACCUCCAGCGUCAUCGAAUUUUGGGAGAGACGUGUUCUAAAAAUAUCAGAUGGCAUUGAUAAUAUAGGUUGUCUACAGUGGGAGCUGGCAUUAUGUUUGUUGCUGGCUUGGAUCAUCUGCUACUUUUGUAUCUGGAAGGGAGUGAAGUCCACGGGGAAGGUCGUGUAUUUCACAGCAACAUUUCCCUACUUGAUGCUCAUCGUUCUUCUCAUACGAGGGGUGUCACUCCCUGGAGCACUGCAAGGCAUUCAGUUCUAUUUGUACCCUGACCUGAGCAGACUUCAGGAUCCACAGGUCUGGAUGGAUGCAGGAACUCAAAUAUUCUUCUCCUAUGCCAUCUGCUUGGGGUGUCUGACAGCGCUGGGGAGUUACAACAAAUAUAACAAUAACUGCUACAGAGAUUGCAUUGCCCUCUGCUUCCUCAACAGUGGCACCAGUUUUGUGGCUGGUUUUGCCAUAUUCUCCAUCCUGGGCUUCAUGGCAGAGGAGCAAGGAGUGCCAAUCUCAGAGGUGGCAGAGUCUGGUCCAGGCUUGGCGUUCAUUGCAUACCCGCGUGCUGUCUCCAUGAUGCCAUUUGCUCCACUCUGGGCCUGCUUUUUCUUCAUCAUGGUUGUUUUACUGGGGCUGGACAGUCAGUUUGUCUGUGUUGAGAGUCUGGUCACAUCUCUAGUUGACAUGUAUCCCAGUACUUUCCGCAAGAAGAAUCGACGGGAGCUGCUUAUCCUUGGAAUUUGCAUCUUUUCCUUCCUCAUUGGGCUUGUCAUGCUGACUGAGGGUGGGAUGUAUGUAUUCCAGCUUUUCGAUUAUUAUGCCGCCAGUGGGAUAUGCCUGCUUUUUGUAGCAAUCUUUGAGACAAUAUGCAUAGGCUGGGUGUACGGCGCAAAUAAUUUUUAUGAUAAUAUUGAGCACAUGAUUGGCUACCAACCUCUCCUCAUCAUCAAGUACUGCUGGCUCUUCGUCACACCUGCUGUGUGCCUGGCCACCUUUGUGUUCUCACUAGUGAAGUACACUCCUCUUCAGUAUAAUAAACGCUAUACAUAUCCCUGGUGGGGCGAUGCUAUAGGAUGGCUCCUAGCUCUCUCCUCUAUGGUCUGCACCCCUCUGUGGGUUUGUUACAAACUAUCUACAAUCAAAGGGUCCCUGGUAGAGAGAUUCCGUCAGUUGACCUGCCCUGAUCCUGAUCUGCCUCAGAAAGUAAAGUGUGAUAAUCUGAUACCACAUACCACAGGAACACCAUUAGAAGAAUCUCUGUGCUAAAGCUAUGUCUGUGCACACUCACAGAAAAUAUAACCUCUGUCAUUGGGGACAUUCAGUGCCUGAUUUAUGUUAUUCAACCUAAAAAAAGGUUAUUUUCUAUCCUCUCAAUAACCUAUCAUGUAGGCAUUACGCCUUGGUGGAACAGCUCAACCUAAAUUUUUAUUAUGUAGAAUGUAAAAUCACUGAUCUUAAAUAUUGUAUAUCUCUGUGAAUCCAGAGAAGGAGACCAGUUCACUAAAAAUAUUUCAUAUUUUAAUAUUGACCAGAAAUAGAGGUAGAAAAGUGCCCAAACGUUUUACGGUAGCAAAGAGGCACAUGUGUAUUGUCUUACAGGAAAAGCUGCGUCUUUAGACAGUGAACGUUUGAGAUAUUUCAUGUGAGUUAAUAACUGGGCUGACAUUUACAAUAAUAUAUGAUUUAGGUGUAUAUACAAAUUUAUAUGAGUGGCUGUAAAUAUAUAAAUAAUAUAGAGUCAAGAAACAAGGAAUGAUGGGCAUUCAUGGGUUUGACAAAUAUAAACCUUUUAAUGCUGUGCAAGUGAAAAUGUUUCAACCUCGUAUGUGGUCUCACUCAAUCCAAAUCAGUAAGAAACCUUAUGCAUGGUAAAAGAAAGUCCGAAUGUAAACUGUAAGCUAUUCAAUGGACAGUGUUCAUGCAUAGAGACGCAUUUUGGGGGAAAGUGCUGUAUAUGUGUUGCAAUCACUAUCGAAACAAAUAAAAUAUUACAUAGUUACAUGUGAGGCUUGUACGUACACUUUU